GCGCUCCUGUGAUGGAGACGACGAGCAGGGUGCGGCAAUGCCCCGGAGGCUAGGACACAGCGGGACGCCAUGGACGACGGUGCCUGGCGCAGGAGUCGGCGCCAGCCGGGCGGCGACGAAGUCAAGGAGGCGGCGGACGCCCAGUGGACCUCUUUCGACGUCUGGCUACCGGCGCUGACCGCAGGCACUGUGACUGGCGCGCUGCACUUCUGGACGCUGCGACCACCCGCCAUCUUGCGCAAGAGUGUGGUUGCGGCUGCCGGCGCCUGCAUGGGCACCCUGCUCGUCGGCUGCUUCGUCAACGUCCGGCGGGACGCCAGGGCGAUCAAGAAUUCAGCACCGCCCAUGCAGCCGGAGCUGGCCCGGUCGUGGGACGAUGACGAUCACCGACCAGCGUACACCGAUGACCUGCCCAGGGGACAGAGGCUGCCGCGGAAGUCCAUAGGGCUGAAGAACUUCCGCAUGGAUGACGCCUAGCACCGUCCGCGUACAAACCACCCGGGGGCCACCCGCACCGCUUUGCUGCGCACCAUGAGCAGCACCUAUAUCGCAAAAAUUCACUGACGCACUCUACAGACCGUCAUAGACCAAGUCAUAGUCGA